GCCGGGCCCAGCCCGCAGGGACAGCCCGCAGGGACAGCCCGCCCCGGGCUCUGCGGGAGCAGCAUGGCCGCCAGCCUGUGGAUGGGGGACACUGUUGAGCCUGGUUCAUGCAUGCCUGCUGGUUUUGAGUGGCAUCGACCCUCUUAAAUGAGUCUUCUUUUUGAAGUCUGGAGCCAUAUAUGGAUGAAAACUUUGUUUCAAGAGCCUUUGCCACCAUGGGAGAGCUCGUACUGAGUGUAAAAAUCAUUCGAAACAGGUUGACAGGAAUUCCAGCAGGCUAUUGCUUUGUAGAAUUUGCAGAUCUAGCUACUGCAGAGAAAUGUUUACACAAAAUCAAUGGAAAACCUCUUCCUGGUGCUACACCGGCAAAGCGAUUUAAAUUGAAUUAUGCAACGUAUGGAAAACAGCCCGAUAACAGUCCAGAAUAUUCCCUUUUUGUGGGAGACCUGACUCCUGAUGUGGAUGAUGGCAUGUUAUAUGAAUUUUUUGUUAAAGUUUAUCCAUCAUGUAGAGGUGGAAAAGUUGUUUUGGACCAGGCAGGAGUAUCCAAAGGUUAUGGGUUCGUGAAGUUCACGGAUGAGCUGGAGCAGAAGCGAGCACUGACAGAGUGCCAGGGAGCUGUGGGCUUGGGCUCUAAACCCGUGCGCCUCAGCGUGGCUAUCCCCAAAGCUAAUCGUGUGAAAUCAAUGGAGUACAAUCAGAUGUACAACUAUAAUUAUAACCAGUAUUACCAACAAUAUCACAACUACUAUGCCCAGUGGGGCUACGACCAGAACACGGGCAGUUACAGCUACAGCUACCCCCAGUAUGGAUACACACAGAGCACAAUGCAGACAUAUGAAGAAGUUGGUGAGGAUGCUUUGGAAGACCCAACACCUCAACUAGACGUCCACGAAGCAAAUAAACAAUUUAUGGAACAGAGUGAAGAGCUCUACGAUGCCUUGAUGGACUGUCACUGGCAGCCUUUGGACACUGUCUCCUCAGAGAUUCCAGCCAUGUUAUAGCCUCGUUGCUGAGGCUCCACGUCCGUGUGACAAACCCGCCAGUGCUCUCCGGUUUGUCCCUCUGCACCUGGGCCCUGCAGCAGUGAGGGGUGGUCCCUUCCUCCACCCAGGUCUGGGAUUCCAAGGGCAGGAGGACUCUGGGCUUCUCCUGUACGGAGUGAGGAUCGUAGGAGCAUCGUGGGAACUUUCCUUCAUGGUGGAAAGUCAGAACUGCCAACCCGUUUUAUUCCUUUUGUCCUGACGUGAACUCUUUCAUGCUUCUUGGGAAUUGUAAUUUAUAAACUUGCAAGGAGGUGACACAGGGGAAGGACUCGGCUCCCGACGUACAAUAAAAAAGUUGGUCUUUUAAGUCAAA